AUGAGGCUCCCAGUGAGAGAUGACAUCUCAGAUAUUAAACAAGAAAAAGAAGAAGAAACGGUUGAAAAUAAUCAGGAUGUAACAGAGCCUGUCACUAGCGAUGUUCUAUUGGAUAUUGAUUCGGUUCCCUUGACUCUUUACGAACGCUUCUUAUCUGUAAAACAAAUUGUUAAGGAUGCGAUAGCCGCACAUCACACUUUUAUGAUUUAUGGGCGUGCCAAAGUUAUUCGAGAGUGUUUGCUCAAACGCGGCUGGGUCGAAAAAUUUUAUCGAAGAAAUAGUAAUGGAGAAAGAUCAAGAAAUCAGCAUUCAGUUGUUAAAACGCACCAUCGUUUACGAGUACGAAAUGUUCUUGGCGAUCAACAAUUUGACCAAAAACAACAACCUCGGAUUCAAUCACAAACUCAACAACACGCUGGAGCAGAUUCAAGCCCAGUAGUUCUACUUUCUGGAAUUGGAGAUCUUAAGGAUGAGCAAAGUAAACAAUUACUGAUUUCUAAAAUGCUUGUGAAUCAUACAGUUGAUUUUUUAUGGAAUUCGGGAUCAGAUUGGUCUGGAUGGCCAUCACAGAAUAACAAAACAACUAUUUUCAAUCGCUACUCUAGAGCUGGAUUUACUUCUAAGGUUGGAUUGUGUUCAAAUGUGCGUCAAAUGCACUGGUACUACGAACCAGGUAUUGCAAAUACUCUCUUCCCACGUUGCUACAAUAUUUGUCAAGCUGAUCAUUUACAUGCUUUUAUUGAAGACUUCAGGCUCACGGCUUGUGUCAGUUUAUUGAAAUGGUUUGUCGAAAAAAUGGAUAAUCAAACAGAAAGCAGAGAGAUGCCAUCCACAGUACCAUUAAAAGCAUUAGAUUUUGCAAUACGUCGUUGCAGUGAUUUUAUAGCAGCUCAAUCACACGAAGAUAUUGAUAAAGAAAGUGAACGAGUAUGGUCGCAUCAAUGGGAUCAAUUUAUUUGUUGGUAUUAUAAAAUUGUACAAAAUGAAGCUUUUUUUCUUGGAACCGACAUAGCUUUUCAAAAAUAUAUCCUUGCGGCAAAGCAUAUUUUAAAACGAAUGAGAAAAUACUGGCAACAAUUAGACAUGGAUGGAGUGUUGAGUAUAUGGAUAUUGAAACCUGGAAAUCGGAGUCGUGGUCGUGGUAUUGUACUAAUGAAUAAAAUUGAAGAUAUUAUAGCUAAAAUUAGUCCAGCAAACAAGUCAGAUACACGCUACGUCGUGCAAAAGUAUAUUGAAAGACCAUUGCUGAUAUACAAUACAAAAUUUGAUAUCCGACAGUGGUUUAUCGUGACUUGUGCUCAACCUUUAACAUUAUGGAUGUACAGAGAGAGUUAUUUACGGUUUUGUUCCCAAAAGUUUCGUUUGAAUGAUCUUCACGAAUCGAUACAUUUAAAUAACCAUGCAGUUCAAUGCAAAUAUAGAAAUAGUCCAGACCGUGAUACAGCGCUGCCCAAUGACAAUAUGUGGGAUGCAACUACAUUUAAAAAAUUUCUCAAUUCUCAAGGUCACAGUAGUGCUUGGGAUGAAUUAAUUUAUCCAGGAAUGAAACAAAGUCUUGUAGGUUCACUAUUAGCCAGUCAAGAGGCAAUGGAUCGACGAAAAAAUAGUUUUGAAUUAUAUGGCGCAGAUUUUAUGGUGAUGGAAGAUUUUUCAGUGUGGCUAAUUGAAAUCAAUAGUCAUCCAGAUAUGAGUUACAGUACAACUGUAACAACUCGGUUGUGUAAACAAGUUAUGGAAGAUUUGAUUAAAGUUAUUAUAGAUUUUCGAGAAAAUAAAAAUGCAAAUACUGGUCUAUUUGAGUUGGUAUACAAACAGCGAAUGCCCAACUGUCAACCGUAUUUAGGUACUGCGUUGUCUGUUCAAGGAACAAGCAUAAAUACUAAUGAGAAAAAGUUAAAUAAUCCAGAUAGUAAAAUUAUUCCCAAACUCCCAUUGAGCUGCAUAUCAAGGAAAAAAUCAACGGCAAACAAUUAUAUCGGACCAGUAAUUAUUGACCUCAUUGAAGAAUUAGAAAUUCAAAUAGAUCGCGAAUUGCAUUCUUAUUAUAAAGAAAAUUCUCUGAAUGAUUCAAACUUUUCAUCACCUAUCUUAACAUCUCCUAUUACCUCGUCAUCACAAAAUUCAUUAGCUCUUGCACCAGUUCAUGUUGAAGGUGGCCCUAGUCUGAAAGAUUCGAUAAGUUUUACGAGUUCUGGAAUUAGCUCAAAAAAGCUAUCACCUAUUCGGAGUACUCAAAAGACUAAAAGAAAUACGCAAAGUGGCCAUUCGUCACAAAAGUUGUUUAUGAAUAACGAUUCAAUAAAGAAAUACUGUUCGAAACAGAAAACAUCAAAAGUAACAAAUAAUCAUCGACAGAUAGCUAAAACUGCCGGGAAAUUAAAGUCAGAAAAAUAUGCUAAGAAAAAAAAUGAGGAUGAAAAGUUGAUGGGAAAAGCAGUUCGUAGUGCAAUAAAUAAAUGUAAAAAAUAUGAAAUUAUUUCCCUCGAUGUACCACCACUGCCAUCAUUAACAACACCAAGAAAAUCCGGAAAUCGAGUAUCUAGAUCUUUUGUAAAUAGUAAAAUAAAAGAUAAUUUCUAUAUUCAAAAGAAGCAAGAAGCACUAGCGAUAACCGAAAUAUGCGCUAAAGGUCUGAGUUUAACUAAAUAG